UCGUUCCAUUUGCCUUCUAACCAGAGUUCAGCAGGCACUCUUCUCCUUUAUCAUCUCUCAUUUCUCCCCAAGAUGCUGUUGGUCGACGAAAAUCAUCAAAUGCUUGGCGACUAAGCGAAACGGCGUGGCCGUCAAAACGUUCGCCGCUUAUCUCGUACCUUGUCCAAGAGCAACGCAGCCACCGAACUGAACUGCACACCUCUCGCCGUGCUAGCCAGUUGGUUUCGAGAGAUACGGCAUGGAUGUGUCCAAGCUAUUGCAAAUCUGCCAUCUCUGGGGUACAGCUUCCCAGGGUCAGCUGUUCACCGUGCAUGGUAGGAUUGGCAGCUUGGCCCUGGUCCAUCGUCAGAUGAUCACAACCAUGAUUGCGGGGAUCCUUGCGUCUGUCUCGCUGGGCCAGCCCCGAUCCAUGAUACAACACUACCGCCCUACUUCGAAUCGAGAGACACAAGAGGGCGUCGUUUGUGAUGCUCGCACAGCGCGCAGCCCAGGUGAUUGGGCAUCAACGGGGCUCCAAGGGCCGGGGGAGAGAGAAAUCUCAAAGACUUGCUCAGCCUUGUCGUGCGGGCAAAACCGUUCUACUGGGACGAGUCAAGCAUCCCAGGUCGACCCUCAUGCAGCAGGUCCCUUGCCAAUGACGCCCGCAGCUGCAGGAGAGGAUUACAUGCGUGCAUUAUUUUUGGGGACGGGCCCUUGGUAACGAAAAUACAUACGAUACUCAUACAUGCGCGUGUGC